GGCAAUCAUGCUUGGAGGACUUCUGAUUGGCAAAGCUGGUGUCUUGUUGAUGAUAGCCAUGUUUGGAAAGUAGUACAGCAUUAUUAAUGUUAAAACCGGUUUGGCUUGUCCUGCUGCCAUUGAUCCCCCAGGCCUGUUCUUUCUGCUCUUUGCCCAGUUUCUCAUCUGUCCCUCCCAAUCAAAUCAAGACACAGCUAUCUGUGUGUUUUACUUUAUUUUACUUAAUGACUUGGCAAGCCUGUGGGGCAGCUGAACAUCUGCAACAAAUCCUGGCUUUUGCCUUGGCCUACCUAAAAUGCAGAGUGGUAGGAUUGGAAGUGGGAGGUGAUGCCCUUUGCUCCUGAAGGGAAGGAGCCUGUUGCUUUUGGUGGCCAAGCCUGGAGCUGAUUGUCAUGAUGAAUGCUGGGAAGGUGUGGAAGACAGUAUGCUCUCCAGUGCCUUGUACCUUGUUGGGAAUGGCCGGUGGGAAGGAGACUGGGGGCUGAACUUUGAGGUUUGUUGGCUCGCAGAAGUUAAGGCAGCUGGACAAUGUGACUGCUUGUUUUCCUGCCCCUCCUGCUGCUGUCUCCCAAGACCUUGGCAUUUCAAGGUCCUGCUGAGGUCUGUAUCCAGUCCAACAGUUGUGGAAAUGUUUUUUCCUAUGCGUUUUCACCUCUUCCCUCCUCUCUGAGCCUUUGCUGUUGCCUUGUGUGCCUGAAUGUUUGGGGUCAGGAGACUAUUCCCUGUUCUCACCCUGCCCUGGUGUUCUUGGAGUGACCCAUCACUUUCCUGAUGCACUUGUCCUACUUCCACCACGAGGCUGGAGGCUGCUCAGAGUGCAGACUUCAGCAGAGUUCUUCCCUUCUGACUCCCACUGCUGGGAAAUGCUCUGGAAGUGCUGAUGGCUCAGGACUCCCCAGCUAAUACUUUGGCUAGAUAAAAAUGGAACAUCCGUCCUUUGAAGCACUUCUUUGCUCUCAAGUUAAGGUUUAUCCUCUCCAGAUUGCUUUUAAAUCCUUGCAGCUGGAUUCUCCCCUCUCAGCUCAGUACAGCUUGUUCCUCGAUGCCCUAUGACAACAGAGGGGUCCUGCUGCUUUUGUAGCCUCAGAUGUGAAGCUAAUGCAGCUGAAGCACUAAAACUGGACAGAUCCAGCACAUCUGACUUCUGGGCUGCUGUUGUGGAGAGUGUGUGGCUGUUUGUUGAGACGGUGUGGAAUGCAAACACUUCAGAUUAAGGAUUCAAAUGAUCUGCGCUCUAGAAUGAGGCUGUUGUGAUGAAACUGGGCUUGGUGGCUCUGAAUAGACACAGCAGCCUGGUUGGAGUUGGUGUGUAAUGAACUACUGCACUGAGGGGCUGUGAAGGAUCCCAUGGUGAGAGAAACAGAGACCAUGGAUGCCCAAUGGUUUAACUACCCUGGCUCUGGAGACCUGCCAGAUGAUGAAGACAUUGGUGAAUUCACACCUCACUUAACUUCUGAUGACUUUGAUAUAGAUGACGUGUCUGGCUCUGGAGACUACUCGGAUUCCGAUGAUGCCAUGUACCUGACCACUGUGGAUACUCCUGCGAUAUCUGACAACUAUAUCCCUGGAGAUAUAGAGAGGAAGAUAGAAGGCGAGAAGAAAAACACGAUGCUGGACAAUGAAAUCAUUCCAGACAAAGCUUCACCUGUUGAAGAGAACCUGUCCAACAAGAUCUCCAUGGCAAGCACAGCCAACAGCAGCAUCUUUGAAAGAACAGAAGUUCUUACAGCUCUCAUUGCAGGAGGAGCAGUUGGCCUCCUGUUUGCUGUCUUCCUGAUCCUCCUCUUAGUCUAUCGCAUGAAGAAAAAGGAUGAAGGCAGCUACGACCUUGGGAAGAAACCGAUCUACAAGAAAGCCCCUACAAAUGAGUUCUACGCUUAAAGCUCAGCGGUGCUCUGUGCCCCUCGAGGGACAAAUGGACUGUAUGGAAACACUGUGCCCUCCAAUGAGACGCGCUGAACAAACGCUCUUUUUGGAUUGAAUUUCAAAGUGACUUUGAAGGGGGGGGGGACCAAACUUUCUAUGCGACCCAUCCUGCUCAGCUAACAAGGGCCCAAUGAAAUACAGAGUCUUGGGGGUUGGGAAAAGGCUCAGUGUGUGUUUUUUUUUUCUUCCUAAAGCUAGUGUAAAAACAAUAAAGAUGCCAAACUUUCUGCUUGUUUUUAUAGAGGGUAUAUAAACACCAAACAGACUGUAUGGAAGCAAACACCAUGUGUUUGCAGCCAGAGCGCUGUGCUCAGAUUGGCUGCUUCUAUAGAAGAUGGCUUUUUUUUUUUAUAAACCUUGCUAAUAGACAUCUUGCAGCAGGCUGUUGAUGUGAAGCGUUUUUGUGAAGAACUAUUUAUGAAUCUCUUACACUACCAAUCACGUUGCCUUACUGGGGGAGUAGAGAGCCAACAGCUCCAAAUCCCCCAAUGCCAUAAAGGGCUGAUGGGAAUGUCUUCCCCAAGAGACUUCUGUCUCUUCCUGUCUGCCCCAGGCAGGGGUCAUUACUCUGUGCAAUCAGGACAGCCCCUUUCUCUUGGCUAUGUGACACCCUUUCCUUGCCUUUGCUCUUUUUUUUUUUUAGGAUUGCCUGUAGGAUUUUUAUAACGAAACUUUAAAGAGGAUAGCCUAAUGUUUAUAUAAAGUUUUGUAGAAAUUGUUUUGAAAUAAAAAAAAAAAUCUACUUUUUUAAUUUCCUCAGAUUUAUUUUUUUCAAUCCCCUUGUUUCCUUCUGGCAUAUCUCUGGAGAUGUUUAUGAUUCAUAUUCAGAACUGCAGCAGUUAGCUUCAGUGUGGUCGCAGGUUUCUUCUGCUUCUAUAGCAGCUACUGUAGAGGGUAAAGAUAUUUAUGGUUUUCCUGUAAUGUAGGUUUUGAUUUUUUUUAUUAUUUUUUUAAAAUAGAAUUAUUUAUAGUUUCUGGAAUGGCUGCUCUUUGCAUCUGGUGACUUUUAUCCUCCUUACGUAAAACGCUAAUAUAAUGAGUCUCUGUGGAAACUAUUUAAGCUUUAUUCUGUGAAUUUUAAUUAUAAAUUCAAGGCAAUAACUUCUAGAAUUAAUCUGUAUGCAAAAUUGGAUUCAUUAUAUGAUUGAAGUAGGGGAAAUAUUAGUAUUUCUAGCCUGUAAUAUAUUAUAAUCAGUCCUAUAGAGCUCUAUAUUAUAUUUUUACAGAGAAAUAUACAGCUAAGUGUAAAGGCUGGAGGUAACCCUUCAGCAGCCUCACUGUCUGUGAGGCUUGGUCUGUUUUGUACUGCUGUUUGGCCAGCAUCUUGCCUGGAGUGCAGGUGGGCAUCGGGUCUGCCUGGGUGGCAGCUCCCAGUUGUGGCUCUUGCACUGCAUACCCUGUAUGUAGCUCCUACCUCUCAGACCCUUUCCCAGUGCUCCAAGAGCAGAGGCUGCAGUGCAUGUCCUGUGUCAGUGCUUUGGUGUGUAGCUGUUUGGUGUGGUUUGAAGCCUGACCUGGGUAGGCAGCAUGAAGCUGAUGUAAUCUAAACAGCUCCUCAAGCCUCCUGAGCAGGACUUUGAGGCUUUUGGCUGGAUGCUUAGAGGCAACAGCAUAAAGAAAUGGGGUUUUAGCUGGUGGUGGCUGCUCCUUGGUGCUGCAUUGGGGCAGCAGGCAGGGAUGUGUUGAUGUGAGUUUGGGAGGACUUUCCCAAGGGUGGUCCUCCAGCACAUGUGUUUUUGGAAGCUGCAGGCUCUGGGGUGCUCUAAAAACUAUGCAGAGUUGGAUGUAGGGUAGGAAGGAGAGGGAGGACUCACUGCCUAUGGACAGCACUGCCGGGAAGGCAGAAACAGUGUCUGCUUCUCUGGAUAUUUCGAUUCUCUCAUGUAACUGCUCUUGGGGAUUUUCCACUGUUACUGACUAUUUUUUUUUUUUUUUUUCCACAAAUAAACUGGUACUUUCUAAAAUUGGCUUCUUGGACUGUUUC